AUGGUUUUCGUCGAUUUUGAGAAGGCAUACGCCAAAGUCCUCGAGGAUGUUCUGUGGAGGUACUUAGAGGCUAGAGGUGUUUCAGUAGCAUACACUAAGUCAAUUCAGGACAUGUACAAUGGAACGAAGACUCAUGUGGUAGUAAAGCUGGAUUCCCAUGCUGAUCAGAAGAGAAAUAGUUUCAAGUAUCUUGGUUCUAUGAUUCAGAGGAAUGGAGAGAUUGACGAGGAUGUCACACACCGUAUUAGUGCAAGGUGGUUGAAAUGUAGGCUUGCUUUGGGAGUCUUGUACGAUAAGAAAGUGCCUCCUAAACUUAAAGUUAAGUUCUUCAGAGUGGCAAUUCGACUAAUUAUAUUCUAUGGAGCAAAGUAUUGGCCAGUCAAGAACUCCCGCAUUCAAAAGGUGAAGGUGGUGGAGAUAAGGGUGUUGUAA